AUGCCUGCCGCGAAAGAAGACACCUGGGCCUUCCAGCCAAUCGGCUCGCCAUUCCCCGACAACCCCGUCAAGGUGACUGGGCAGCAGAACAUGUACGUGGCGCUGUGGUACAAGCACGGCAAGCCGAUCCAUGGCCGCUCGUGGAACAACGGAGGUGUCGUCGAGUGCUCGUUCGCCUACAAGGACGCCGAGCUGACCGGAGCCAAGGAUCUCGGAGGGCAGAUUCAGGUGCUGCAAUACAAGGGGGACCACAACACCCUCGGCUACUGGUACAGCUGGGUGAAGUACAGCACUCGCUUCGACAAGACCGACGCCGAGCUGCUGAAGUGCGGCGACUCGAUCCCCAUCUACUGGCCAAAUUCCCCCGAAGGCGGCCUCCUCGGCUACAUCGAUAACAAGACCGAGAUUGGAUGGUUCUCCAACAACAAGAAGGUCAUCAAGAAGGUCGGCGGCGAGCUCAACGACAUGCUCGUCAUCUUCCGCGAGCUGAAGGGCGGCCCGCCCGGAUGUGAGUGUGCCGGAUGCGGCAAGAAGCCCGUGAUCCGGGUCAUGCUCAACGAGUGGGCCGACCUGCGCGCCGGAGACCCGUGGCCGACCAAGUGCCCGGUGAAGGCACUCGGAAAGUCGCUGGACACGCUGCCGGGAGAGAAUGCCGACCAGUACGUGGCCCUCUGGUAUCAACAGGGAGAGCCGGUGAUGGGACGCGUCUGGAACGAGGGCGGAAAGAUCGCCGCCAACUUCUCCUGGGGCGGCAACGAGUACAAGACCAACAUCGGAUCGCUGCAGAUCCUCUUCGAGCUGUCGGAGCACGUGCGCGGUUUCGACUAUGGCUGGAUCCCGUACCCAGAGGCCGCCAAGUUCGGCGACAAGGAAUGGCAUCCGGUGCAUGUGAACCACUACAAGGGCGACAUCUCCCCCGGUGUCAUCACCGUCGGCGGCAAGCAAAUCCUUGGAAAGGUUGACAUCAAGAACGAGCGCGCCUCGUACGGCCAGGGCGGCAAGGAACAGCUCCUCCAGGGCCCCGCCGUCCACCAGACGAUCGUGCUGUGCCGCAAGUGCAAACCAGGCUGCAAAUUCGAC